GGCGCAAAAUGCACGCAGAUCGUGGUAACUUGCUGCUUUUAGCCCUGUGCCUGGCCACAAUCUCCGUGGGCUUCAGUCAGCGUUCCUUGAUGACGGAUGACACAUACCAUGCUGGCGUUGUGGAGUUCCCCUUGCUGGAGGGUACGGUUAACCAACGCACCUCAGCGGCAGCCAACGAUUUCAUUUCCAUUAUCGAGUCAAACGAUGCGGCCGACCUAGACAUACUCGUUUUUCCCGAGUACGUUCUAAAUGGUUUGGACACAGCAACCUAUGUGCCCGAUCCGAAACUUAACAUUUCGCCGUGCGUAUCUCCAGACUAUGACACCUUUUUUGUAGAGCUUUCUUGUGCUGUGCGUUCAAGAGGAAUUUACGUGCUCUUGAAUGUGUUGGAGAAGCAAAAGUGUGGCAAGGAUUUGGGCGACCCCACACUUAAUCCCUGUCCGGCCAGCGGGGUGCAGUAUUUCAAUACCAAUGUGGUGUUCGAUCGGCAGGGUCGUGUCAUUGCACGAUACCGUAAAACGCACCUUUGGCGCAACGAGUAUUAUUCACGAGCUGUGCUACAAACGCCAGAUGUGGUUACCUUUACCACUGACUUUGGCGUAACGUUUGGAACCUUCAUCUGUUUCGAUAUGCUGUUCUAUGAGCCAGCCUUGAAGCUAGUGCGCGAGCUCAAUAUCACGGACAUUAUCUAUUCUACCUACUGGUUCUCUGAGCUGCCAUUCCUCACGGCUGUGCAGCUUCAGGAGGGAUGGGCCUUUGCCAAUAAUGUCAAUCUGCUGGCGGCCGAUGGCAGCAAACCCGAAACGCGCACCACAGGCUCGGGCAUCUAUGCGGGUCGCGCCGGCCGCCUGAUUGCGGCUAUUUACGAGAAUUCAACGAAGAUUCUGCUCAAGGCACGCUUGCCUAAGCGUCGUGCAAAUGGAGUGCCUGUGGCAGAGCUACCGGCAGAGGUGCUCCCGCUGUUCCAACCGCGUCAGGUGACCCCGCGUUAUACAAAACUGGGACUCUUUCGUGACUAUAAUGUGGAUCUGUUUAGCACGGAGUUGUUGCCUUCGGACUUUAGAAGCGAGCAGCGUCGACUCUGCCACAAACCCUCUGAAUUUUGUUGCGAGUUCGAUGUAGCUCGGCAGUUUAGUGGCCUGCCCAGUGAUCACAGUGCUUAUCGGUAUCGCCUGGCCGCCUACUUUGGCGACGAGACAACGUUCAUCCGGGUCGAUCGCAGCGAGCAGGCCGUCUGCGCCCUAUUCGCUUGCACAGAUGCCGAGCUGGCGAGCUGCGGUCGCAUCUUUCCUGGCAGCAUCCAGGUGGCUAAUGAAUAUUACUUCAGUGCCAUCAAUGUUAGUGCAAUUUUUCCGGCCGCCCCUCGUCGCCUCAUCAUGCCCAGCACUGUCGAUGGUGUCAUGUUGCCGCUACCCGUGGCCCAGUAUAGCUGGACAGAGAAGCAGGGUCCUUCCGGCAAUACUUCAGUACAAAUGGUAUUAACAGCGCCCAAAAACGAUCUGCUCACCUUCGGCAUUUGGGCGAACUAUUAUACCGAGUUGCCAAGCUUGCACAACUUGGAUCAUAUGCACCCUGGCAGCUCUAGCACUGGAACUGGAGGCAGCCCUAAUGCUAACGGCACUACCAACGGUACCGGCGUAGCAGCUGUUUCUGCUUUCCUCUCCACGUUCGCUCUCUUCCUGACUGGCUUCGUUAUGCUGUUAUGCUGAGCUUGUUGUGCGCCUUGCAUUGAAUAAACCGAUUUUUGUUGCUCAGAUUUAA